AUGACUACAUAUCAACGUCAACGUCAACCUUUUGCAGCUUAUGGAAGACGCGGUCUACCAAAAACAACGGCACAAGAUCACGAUAUGACUAGGAAUCAACGAUUAGACAAUGAAUACAAUAAUAAUCAAUCUAUGUCAAAUAAACCAACGUCAAUUUUAAAGAAAACCCCUAGUAAAAAACAACCACCACAACAAUAUCAAAAUGGAUGGCAACCUACCAGUUAUAGGUCAAAUCAGGACACAACCCAUAUUGAUUUUAUUCCAUCCAGACCUCUCUAUUCACCUGUUUCAACACCACCCCGUCUACGAGCUUUAAUUACGCCUCCAGGUAUUGAACCGUAUCGUAAUCGAUAUAAUUUACGUUUAUUUACAAGUCCGUUACCAUCGUUAGACGAUUGGCAACCACCAUUAUCUCUUGACACAUGGGGCAUUGAUCCCGUUGAUUAUCGUUUUAAUAAUCCCAAUCUAUAUCGACUUCAACCAUCGCCACUAUCACAUUAUGGACUACCUGGUUCUAAACAGAAAAAGUCUUAUAUUGUUGUACCACGAUUACAAAAUGUCUCAUCAGCAACAAUGUCGCGUCAAAACAGUUCGAAGUUUAAACCAGAUCCUCGUUAUCCAUACUUGGAAACAACGGCGUCGGCAAAAUCGACAAGACUUUUAAGGGAACCAUCCGAUUACGUUUAUCUUCGAAGUAAUGAAGCAUUUGCCAAUCGCUAUAUCGAUGAUUUUAUUGGAAAAUGUAUUGAAGAUGAAUAUAUUCCAGACAUAUUAAUUGAAUUAAUUGCAGAAUUAGAAAAAGAUAAUAAAAACAUAAAACCUGAAGAAAAAUCCUUUAAACAAGAUAUCGAUCAAUAUUAUGCACAACUAAAUAAUAAUUAUUCAGACGAUACUGGACGUUUGUUUUCUGAUCAAUGGAUUAAAGAGCUUGAGUAUCGACGUCCGAUAAUAACAACGACAACAUCAAAUAUCAAUUCAAAUUUAUCGUUAUUUAAUAAUAUUGAUUUAAAAGAAGUUCAUCAACAACAAUCAAUAACAACAACAUUCGAUUAUCAAAGAAUGCCAAAAUUUUCACAAUUACCACCAAAUACUCAAGAAAAAAUAUUGACAGAUAUUAAUCAAGAUAUUAUUGAUUUUGAAAUUGAAAAUAUGAUUACAGAAAUUACUGGACAAACAUUGGGAUCACAGUUGCAAAAUGUUCCAAUGGUGGGUGAAAUGCAACGUCAAUUAUAUCAUGAAAUUGAAAAUGAAGUUAUUCGAGAAACAUUACGUGAUUUAUCCUAUGAAACACUUCAUUCUUAUCAUACACAAAUUGAUCAAGUACAAUUAUCAGCUGUAUCAAAACAUGCUGAAAAUAAACUAUUAGAUACAUUGUGUUUGGACGAUUUAAUUCGAAGAUAUAUUAAACAAAAUGGAUCGGUAGCCGAUGUCGAUGAUUUAUCUCGAUUACUUGACAGCUCUGUGUUAAGUGUGUUAAUUUAUCAAUAUCAGGAUAUACGUGAAACACGUGCAAGAACAUUGGAUAAUUAUGCAUUUCGAAAAUUUCAUUUGAAUGCAUUUAUGAAUAUUGCAAUGGAUCUACUACUCACAGAAUUAAGUGCUAGUCUUAUUGAAGAUAUGAAAGAUGUCGACGAAGUUGAAAGACGAAAUUUUUAA